UUUCAUUCUGUCGGUGUACAAGUUCUACUUCCGCGUUGCAAUCGGUUUCACGCGUUAAAACGGUUCGUAAAAUAACGGGUGGCAUCGCGGGUGUGUGUCAAAAGUGUUAACGCAUUUCCAAGGAGAUUAACCAACAUCCAAAAUGAAGGUCAGGAUGCUCACGCUCGGUGGAACGAUGACGGUGCUAAUGAUGUUAAGCCUCUGCGGUGCCGUGAAAUUCCCAUCCGGAUAUAGGCUCUGCAAACAAGAUGAUCAGAAGUGCCUGUUUGAUCAAAUAGCUACCACCCUCUCCAAGCAUUCCCAAGGCAUCCCAGAGGUGAACCUUGCCGCUCUGGACCCUCUGAAGAUUGAAAAGAUGGAUAUCGUGCAAGGAGAUGGUCCGAUCAACAUCGAACUUAACUUCAAGAACGUAGAUUUGACCGGACUGUCAGAAAGUGAGGUUAAAAAGGUUACUGGAUUUACUGCCAACCCUACUAAGAUGGAACUGAGUUUGCUAAUUCCGGUAGCUUCCUUAGUCGGAGGUUACAAAAUCAACGGAAAGGUACUCAUUUUGCCUAUCCAAGGUCAAGGACACAGUAAUAUGACUAUGGUGAACUGCGAUGUCCAUUUGAAGUGGACCGGCAAACUGGUGGACCACGCCAACGGAAAGAAACACUAUCAAAUGGACAAAUUGAAGGCUGGCGUAGACACGACCCGUUUCUAUAUGAACUUCUCCAGUCUGUUCAACGGAGACAAAGCAUUGGGUGACAACAUGAACCAAUUCCUGAACGAUAAUUGGCAGGAUAUUCUCAAGGAACUGAAACCGGCGAUCGUGAAAGCGUUCGCACAAAUCUUCCAGAAGGUGAUAUCGAACGUUUUCGACAAAGUGCCGUACGAUGAGCUGUUUCAGUAAAUGAGAUGAGGUACAAUUUUUGCGUUUUGUGAUAAAGAGAGCAGAGUGAAAUAUAGUGUUUAAUCAAUUGAUUGAUUUUGA